AUGACACGACUCAGUCUUCCCAGAUCUGGUUUGAGUGGUACGCUUCAAAAUCUCAGUUUCUCAUCCUUUACCAACCUCAUUACCAUCGAUUUAGUAGAAAAUGACCUUCACGGAGAGAUUCCCUUUAGCCUUUAUAACCUUUCCAAAUUGGUUCAUCUUCACUUGGCAUUCAAUCAUUUUUCUGGAGUUGUCUCUCCAGCACUUGCAAAUCUUUCCAGACUCUCUUUUCGCAGCUUAAUUUUUAGUGAACUCUCUAGCUUCAUUCCUCAUGAAAUAGGAAAGUUGAAAUCUUUGACAGUGCUUGCUUUACACACUAACAAGUUCACAUGUCUCAUUCCUACUUCUAUAGGAAACUUGACCAAUUUAAUUCAACUUUUCCUUCAUGAUAAUCAUCUUUCUGGACCAAUUCCGACAGAAAUCGUAAACUUGAGAAAGUUGACCAAUCUUGAGCUUUCAUUCAACAAACUUUCUGAAAAUAUUCCUAGAGAAAUUGGACAAUUGACAAACGUAGCAUAUUUGGUCCUCAGUGACAACAAUCUCUCUGGUGCAAUUCCUGCUUUCCUAGGAAAUUUGACCAAUUUAAUUCGCCUUUAUCUUUCUCAUAAUUAUCUUUCUGGAAAUAUUCCCCCAGAAAUUGGAAACUUGGGAAAGUUACUUGAUCUUGUUGAAUUGUCUUAUAAUAAUUUUACUGGCCAAUUGCCGCAACAAAUAUGUGGUAAUGGAUUACUUGAGAAUUUUGCCAUCAUCGGUAACCAUUUUAGAGUUAGGCUUGAGGGAAACCAACUGACAGGGAAUUUAAUAGAAGCUUUUGGAAAGAUUCCAGAGGAAUUUCAAAACUUAAAGUUAUUGCUCAAACUUAUACUAAGUGGCAAUCAAUUAUAUGGUGAGAUUCCUUCUAGUAUUGGAAUGCUAGUUGAUCUAAAGCAAUUACACCUUGCAGCGAACAAUCUAAGUGGCCCAGUUCCCAAAGAGGUUAGAGAGUGCUUAAAGUUAUGGCAAUUGAAUUUGGAAAACAACAAGCUUGAAGGAAGUGUUCCUUUUGAGAUAGCUACCAUGAACUCUCUUCAAAUCGUAGAUUUGAGUUCAAAUUUUCUAACCGGAGAGAUACCCUCACAGCUCGGACAAAUGAAACGUUUAGAAACUUUGAAUCUCUCUCACAAUUAUCUUUCUGGUUACAUUCCAUCCUCUUUUAAUGAAAUGUCAAGUUUGAUGUUAGUUGAUAUGUCUUACAACCAGUUGGAGGGUCCUAUUCCUGAUUCCAAAGCUUUUCGUGAAGCUCCGUGUAACAGUCCACCUUUUCCUUAUGUCCAUAUUUUUGGAUUCUUAAACAUUCUUCGCCGAAGAGUGAAAAAUACAGAAAAUCUACAUGAUCCUGAAACACAAAACAAGAAUCUGUUUGCAAUAUGGAGUUAUGAUGGGAAGUUGGUGUAUGAGAACAUCAUCCCAGCAACAGAGGAAUUCAAUUCCAAAUACUGCAUCGGAGAGGGAGGAUAUGGGAGUGUUUACAAGGUUGAGUUAAGCUCAGGUCAAGUUGUUGCUGUGAAGAAGCUUCACACAAGUGUCGAUGGUGGGAUGUCUCAUGUCAAAGCUUUUACAAGUGAGAUUCGUACAUUAAUAGAAAUAAGACAUCGAAACAUUGUAAAGCUAUAUGGGUUUUGUUCACAUCCACAGCACUCACUUUUGGUAUAUGAGUACUUGGAAGGAGGAAGCCUUGGAGAUGUAUUGAGAAAUGAGGAAAAAGCAAGAGCCUUUGAAUGGAGCAAAAGGCUAGGAUUGUUAAAACUGAGUCAUCCAAUUGGACUUGAUUUGCAGGAACUUUUGAAUAUACCGCUCCAGUUAUGGAGUGGUAACCGUGGAAAUACUUUUGGGGAGCAUCCAGGAGAUCUGUUGUCAUCAAUAUCAUCAACGUUAUCAUCAACAUCAUAUGCGUUAGGCCAUGAUGAAGUGCCACUGAAAGAUAUUUUGGACCAACGAAUCUCAGCUCCAACAGCUGUUGACGACGCUGCAGGAGAAGUGGUUUGCCUUGCCAUGGUUGGACUUGCAUUCAUAUCAACUCAAAGUCAAAGGCUGUUCUAG